CCCGCGGGCCUGGGGCCGUGCGAGCCCUACUUCGGGGUUAGAAGUCGAGGGCUUAUGCCGGAACUUCUCCUGGGAGCCCGGAGGGCCGUUUUGUAUGCUUCAGGCGUUAAAUAAUGGUGUCGGUGGCAGUAAAAGAGCCCACGGACGACUCUGUAAACGGCUCUGAGCGCCCGCCCUCCCUCUCCCUCCGCCCGGGUCCGGGAAAUGGUGCGGUCUCUCUUUAAGAGGAAAAUGGUGGCUGGCGAUGAUGAGGAUUCCACUUCCGGUGGGGAGGGGGCGGGACCCCGGCCCGCUCACGCCGGAAGUGGUUCGGGUUCUCAAGAUGGCGACUCCCUAUGUAACUGACGAGACCGGCGCUACACCUCAGGAUUACUACAACCUGGACCUCAUCUGUGACACUACUUUCCUUUCAGGCAAGUACAUUGCCUCCACACAGAGACCCGACGGGACCUGGCGCAAGCAGCGGAGGGUCAAAGAGGGAUACGUGCCCCAGGAGGAGGUUCCAGUCUAUGAAAACAAGUACGUGAAGUUCUUCAAGAGUAAACCGGAACUGCCCCCGGGGCUGAGCCCUGAGGCCACCACUCCGGCCACGCCCUGCAGACCCGAGGGCGGUGAAGCCGGCCUCUCCAAGACCGCCAAACGCAACCUGAAGCGCAAGGAGAAGCGGCGGCAGCAGCAGGAGAAGGAGGCCGAGGCCGUGAGCAGGACUCUGGAUAAGCUGUCUCUGGGAGACGCGGCCCAAACGCCCGGUGCCCUCCAAGGCUGCCAGGCCGCCCCUCCAGCUGCCUCGGAUGCAGCCGACGCUGCUGCCACCACAGAGAAAGCCAAGAAGAUCAAGAACCUGAGGAAGAAGCUGCGGCAGGUGGAGGAGCUGCAGCAGCGCAUCCAGGCCGGCGAGGUCAGCCAGCCCAGCCGAGAGCAGCUGGAGAAGCUGGCCCGGCGGAGGGCCCUGGAGGAGGAGCUGGAGGACUUGGAGCGGGGCCUGUGAGCCCCGGGGAUGAACUGCAGAAUAAAUAAACCAUGGGGUGCUCUGGGCUCCGGGCACGUGGGCCGCGUGUGGGCGCGGCAGUCAGGGGGGCGCCCCUUCCUGGCUCACUUCACCUGCGGCCCCCUCCAUCCUCCAGAGCCCUAGGCUCCCCUCCAUUCCUUCCCUUCUGCCCAGCUCCUGUUUUUGGACUUUCCCCUCCCAUUCCCAGUGUUCAGAUUCUCGGUGACCACCCUGGGUACCUCUGCUGCUGAUCUGGGUGUCUUGUUGAAAAGAAAACCGGGGGGUGGGAGUCUGAGAGCUGGGGUUGGGGUACAGGAGUACCCCAAGUCUUGGAGUCUUUGUUCCUGUUCAGUGUUUGAGUUACCCCCAUGGCCUCCCUAAACCUCUUUUUUUUAAAGAAAGUAAGAAUAAAUUCGAGUAGACAACA